AUGUCAGACACAACUGACAUUGCACUAGAAUAUGCCCUUCGCGUUGCAUGUCUCCACGAGGAGAUUGAGCGACGACGGCGCAUGGCAGUCCCUGCACCUCCAUCCGAUCCUGGUCCUUCCACAGUUGCCAGUAAAUCUCAAGACUCGGCUUCAGUUUUCUCUCUAGACUUGGGAUCCUUACUUGGUCGUGACAGCGUCAAGUCGCCUCGCUACCCGGAGAAGUUCAUCAAGAUCAUGGACACUUCCCUGCAACGAAUUGCAAUGGGACAGGACCCUAAACAUACAGACCAACGAUUUCGACGGUCGAUUGCAUUAUUCUGGUCAUCGAGCUGGGCAGACAAGACAUUUCAGCGACAGCUCAAGGAGUCGCGGAAGAUGGAGGAUAUUAUCCUUGCGUUCGUUUCAGCCUCAACGCGUGCAUUGAAGAAGGAGCUAGACCUCGUGGACGGCGGUUGGAAGGCCGAGCUCAACUCGCAGAUCCUCGUCUUCCUCACCCUGUUAAGCGACAAUCUCACCUCGAUAGGCUCAACAGCCGUUGAGCUUCGGAGUCGCCUCAGCACAUAUCGAACGGGUCUCCAAGCUGACAACCGGAAAAGUGUGUUGCCAGCUCCAACGGCUUCGAAAGAAGAGGAUGGCCCCGUUUUGCUGCAGUCGGAUUCCAUCAUCUCCACGAACGUGGUCGCCGAGCUGUUCCAUCUCGACAAUACGACACUCUCAGAGCGUCUACAGCCAAUCCGCCAGAUCUGCACCGUCGAUGCGGCGCUGGAAGAUCUCAAGAUCUUCCUGCAGCGUCUCAGCACCGAUCGCUCUAUCCCCUAUGGUGCGAAGGAUUUUGUGGACGAUGGCCAAUGGGCCGCCUACCGUGGCAAGGAGAUUACGGCGUUGUCUGACCUAACGGUCUCCAUGCUCAAGGCGGAUCCGCUCAUGGCCAGCGAACGGUCGGACCAGAUCGACCUGGUACGGUCGGUCGACGGCCUCAAGCUCGACGACCGUAACUUCACCUUUGUUCCUCCCGACCCUCGCGAGGUCUUUCGCCAGCUCUUGCGAGCAUGUCUGGACUACGAUCUCCAGGUUCUUCGAACUCUCCCGGAGGACCAGGAUGUGUCCUUGGGUAUCUUGUCUCCAGAGCACACGGCCCUGUUGGGAGAGUGUGCCCUGCGUUGGAGGAUCCCUCAAUCCUUUCGCGCGUGGGUCUUCUUCGAGGCGAUUGAAGACCAUUAUGAGCAAGGCGAUGUCCCCCCGGACUGUGUGUUUGAAGCGGUUGGAGGUGUGGGCCGUGCGUCACAGGAGUUCCCAGUAUCGGAUUGGGCGGCUUCUGACCAAGCGGGACUGCAAUCAGUCCUGCUUCGCCGCGAUCUCUUCUUCCUCAAUGACAUCGAGAUAUCUCUCAACGAUCCUGCCGGCUACAUGGCACCCGAGUUUCGCCAAGCAGUCAACCAUUGGUGCAACCUCGGAGCUGACAACGAUGAACAUCCAGCGUUCCAGCGGACCCAACGAGCCAUUUGCGAUCGCCUGAGACAACAAGCCUACGCCAAAUACAUUGAAGAGGCCAGUGAAAAGUACGCCCAGGAAGGUGGUAAGAACAAGCCCUUUGCCAUGGCCCUCGCAUCUUGGAUCGAGUCCAACGGCAAGCGCCUGAACAAAUGGUUCUCAGAGCCGCUGCUACCGCAAGUCGACAUCGUCGCGUUGGUACUUAAGCAACAGUUGUCGCUCUGGGUUCGAGACCUUGAGGAAGCCAUGGCCUCAUCCAAUGACCCAUCUUCCGCGCCGAGCAGCGGCUUCGAAGAAUCUCUCGCGAUGUACCACCGCGCACAGAAGCUCCAGAGCAUGGGUGUGGCGUUUGGAAUCGAUCCGUCACAGUUUUCUCUGUCCUCCAUUUUUGAGCCUGUUAUCUCGGCUUGGCUGGACGAGACCGCCGUGAAGAUGCGGCAAUGGGCUGACAACGCUCUUCGCAUCGACGACUUCUCCCCUCUGACCGCCAACGGGCAUUCAUCGUCUGUGACCGACCUCUUUGCCUCGUUCCACAGUGCCAUGUCGUUUCUUCUCGACUUGGACUGGGAUGAUCCGGAGCAGAUGGCUGCCUUCGCGACACGUCUUUCCAAGAUCAUCAGCCUCUCCGUUGACGACUACUGCACCAAACUCGAACGACUGUUCAGCGCGGAAAUGAACCAAAUAGAGAGCCACCAGUCCACGGCUAAACAGCAGGCUUGGAUCGAGAAAGCACGGAGCACCAUUGCGCAUCUUCAAGGCGACCGCAAGAUCCAAGCGUUCUUCAACUUCACUCCUGCGUCGUGCGUCAAACUCAAUAACAUCGAUGCCGCUCGACACGAACUAGACCAGCUUUAUCAGGAGAUGCGUGUCGACGAGUUCGCUUCUCUGGACGUGAACAAGCCUGUCGCAACGCCCACUCAAGUAGCCUCUCUCUUCACCAUCAAGAUCGUUCUUGGAGAGGGUUUGGUGGCCGAGGGAUCAUCUCGAGCCCCAGACGCUUUCGUCGUCCUGUCUGAUGAGCAUGGCAACAGGUACGCCAAAACACGCACAAUUUACGACGACCACGACCCGCGCUGGGACGAGACAUUUGACAUUGCUGUGCGGCGCCCUGCGUGGUUCAUGGUCACUAUUCGGCAUCGCAACCUGGCUGGCAAGCACGACCUCAUCGGGCGAGCGUACCUGCAACUUGACCCCUCUCAAUAUGUUGACCUCAUUAGCAAGGACGUCUUGCUUCCAUUGACCACCAAGGGACAUGUACUCCUGCGGGUGAGCAUGGAAGGCGAACGCGACGACAUUCAAUUCCAUUUUGGACGAGCGUUCCGAUGGCUGAAGCGCACCGAGUCCGACAUGGUGCGCCUUUUCGUUGACAAGAUGACUCCCGUUCUUCGCCACACUCUGUCGCGGAACGCCAUCAAGUCUGUGCUGAAACCCAACGUGGGAGGUAUUGAUUACAACGAUGCCCUUCGCAUUUCAAACGAUGCCAUUGGGCGCAUCUCUGCUGCUUAUCGAAACGCAGUCGGUACUGGUCAAGAUGAGUACGCCAUCCCGCUGCCUCCAUCUGAGCAGGCGAAGCCAAACGCCCAGCCCGUCAAGCGUGGCCCCUCCGACGCUGAGAUUGAGGCGGCGAUCCACCCUCUGUUUGACUACUUGGACACGAACAACCAUACCCUCGCGUCGACUCUGUCGCCAGACGCCAUGCAGAUGGUCAUGGCCAAGCUCUGGAAGCAGAUUCUCACGACUAUUGAGGCACUCAUCGUGCCACCUUUGAGUGACAAGCCGAGCAUCAUGAGGGCGCUGUCGGGAAGCGAGUUGGAUGUUGCUCUUCGUUGGUUGAAGUUCCUGCGUGACUUCUUUUACGCAGGAGGUGAUGACAGCGGAGUGCCUCUAUCGACGCUACAAAACGCGAAGUUCAACGAGAUUAUGAGCGUGCCUAUAUACUACGACUGGAGCACGGAUGAUCUCAUGGAAGAAUGCAUUCGCGGCUUCCAAAGCACACUCAAGAACAAGGCAAUGAAACCCAGCAAAUCGAUCAUUGGACAGCGCAACCUGGGCACCAUCCGAGCGCGCAAGACUGCGAAGCGCUCCGUUCCGCAAGCUGGCAAUCAUACCGAGUUGAUGAUGAAGAUUCUGCGAAUGAGGGAAGGGACGCAUGAGUUUCUAGCUCAACAGAUUCAGACGCUGAAUGCUGUCAAGCUAGAGGAUUCUGGCCGUUCAAAGAGUAAGAGCCGUCGCCAGGCUGGGAUGCGUGGAUAG